AUGGAGGCCACCUCCAGACAGAGCCCGGUCGAAGGGGAAACUCUGAAUAGCACCCAGCUUCUAAUCACCCGCGACCCGAGGAAGCCAGCUGCGAAUCAGACAUUGCACGGCCGUUUCGCGUUCCCCCAAGCCAAGCAGUUCAUUACUCAGUGCAGUGAGAACUCAACAAUUGUUGGCCUUGCGCGAGAAGUGCAAUUCCUGCAAGGAAAACUGCCUCGCCAGUUGGACUCACCAGCUGCAAUGGUGAACGGUAGGAGCUCACCUGAGCUCGUGCAGCUUCGUGUGUCGCUUCCAGCGAAGAGCAUAUGUGACCGGCUGCUGCGCACAUACACCGAUAACUUCGAGAAAAUACACCGCAUCAUACAUGUGCCCUCGUUUCGUCGCGAGUAUGCGAAAUUCUGGACCGAGCCCGAUCAUGAAUUCUACCAAUCUUCAUCGGCAUUCAUACCGCAGCUUACGGCGAUAUGCACCAUAUCGCUUGCCUUGGAUGGCCAACGUACGAAGGUGAACGACUCUGCACUGUGGGAGUACUUGAACGGACCAGCAAUCACGCUGGUCCAACGUUGGGUUCAGAAUUUGAGCCGCAAAGGGCGAACGGAGCUCGCCGCACUUCAAGUCGAGACGCUCCUGCACCUGAGUCGUCGUCUGCGACUCAUGCCCGCCGAAGAAUUAUGGAAAGCCACAGGCGCCCUGAUCCGCUCGGCGAUGGUGAUGGGUCUACACCUGAAUCUGGCGAAGUGUAGCGGGCUUUCUGUCUUUGCGGCACAGGUCCGGCGUCGACUGUGGAUCACGAUUGUAGAGAUGGACCUUGACGCGUCGAUCGCUUCGGGCAUGCCGGUGAUGACGUCCCCACACGACGUUGGACCGCCGCCGGCCAACCUGGACGAUGCUGAUUUCGAUGAAUCCACAUCAGAGCUUCCACCCGCGAAGGGACCAUCUGGGCUGACAGAUUCCAUUUAUCAAGUUUUGUUAGCGAAGUCUCUAGCCGAGCGCCUACGGACGAUGUCUGUAGCCAGAACGGCCAGAGAGCAGACUGAUUUGAGCGAACUGAUCAAGCAAGGAAGGGCGAUUCUAGAACACCUUCGGCAGAUACCAUCUCCACUGAAACUGGGGGAGGGUGCCAUGAUCAAUGACGACCCGGCAAUCCUGCUUAAUCGUGUGUUGCUGGAUAUCUAUACACGUCGGCCUCUUCUAUGUCUUUACCGGCCGGUCGUUAUUGGAGGUGCUCACGGCGAUCCCGAUUUCGCGGAGAUAUGCCGAAUUUGUUUGGGCUCAUCCCUCGCCAUUUUGUCUUACCAGGAUCAUUUCGACCCGAGUGUAGCCGACUUGGAGGUGUGCAAUCUGGGCGCAUACUGGGAUCUGUUCCACACUCUGUGCAAACAUGAUAUUUUAUGGGAUGCCAUCAGCGUAUGUGGAUACAUCAGGGUGUCCACCCAAAGACACAUCAUCGACCCUCAGCAGUCUGGGCGGACAAUGCAGUGGAGCUCGAUGCAUAGUAAAGCAAGCCUGACACGGAUUGUCGAACAUACUUUGGACGGUUUAACAACACGGAUCGGUGAACCAGGGAGUAACCUCAAGGACGUUUUACUUCUUGCGGUUGUUCUGCAGUCCGUCCGCGCUCGCGGCUCAACCCAGGCCCAAGAAGAACGAAUGUCACAAGGAGCUAGCAAGGCCUUGAGUGCUUGUCGACAGCACUUGCUUCCCGCGGUGGCGGAGGACUCCUUGGCAUUGAAUCUCACUGAUUUUGCUCAAAUGCUCCAAACUACGCAACCGAUGUUUACACCCGACGACAUCUCCUUCAGUGAAGACUUGCGAAAUACCAUGUCGACCCCAGAAAACGUUGCCAUCAUCGGUGCAGGCCUUUCCGGUUUGACCCUAGCUCUUGCUCUCCGUCGACAGUCCAUCCCAUGUACAAUCUACGAGGCUAGAUCUGCCCCGUUAGACAUUGGUGGUGCUAUUAUGCUGUCUCCCAAUGCACUCCGCAUCCUCGAUAUACUCGGAGUAUACCAGCGCAUUCGACCACAGGGAUAUGAGUUCGAUCAUUUGUACUUUCGCUCUCCCGACAACGAGCUGGUUGAUACUUACGAGUUCGGACACAUGAAGUACGGUUAUCAUGGCUUGCGGAUAUAUCGUCAUGUCCUCAUCAAGGAGCUCUCAGAAAUGGUGGCCCAGGCGAACAUCCCCGUUCACUACAACAGGAAAUUCCUACGGGUCAUUUCCGAGACCUGCUCCGAUGUCACCUGGCAGUUUGACGAUGAGACUACAGCAACGGCAACCUGCCUGGUAGGUGCAGAUGGAAUCCAUUCUCGGGUACGGAGAUAUCUCUAUCCAGACCUAGAACCGCGAUUCACAAACGCAAUUGGAGUGACCGCUGCAGUUCCUACUAGUCAGCUGGAAGUCCCCGGAGGAUACGAGAUGCCCGUCACAAUCAUGAACUCGAAGCACGGGGCUUUUGUCAUCGCACCGCAGCUCCACGAUGGGUCCGAGGUCUUGAUCGGGAGACAAAAGCGUGCCCCGGAAUUAGGACGAGAGGGCUGGGACCGACUCCUGAAUGACAAACAAUGGUGCAUUGACUUCCUGCGUGAGGGCGCCAGUGACUACCCUGACAUUGUACAACGAGCGGUGUCGCAGAUCUCUCCAUCCAAAAUCAACCUCUGGCCGUUUUAUGUCGUCCCGAAGCUGGACCGAUGGAGGUCCCACCUCUGUCGGGUUAGUAUCCUGGGUGAUGCUGCACACGCUAUUCCGCCCUCGGCCGGACAGGGAAUCAAUCAGGCCUUUGAAGAUGUCUAUACGUUCUCGUUGGUUUUCGCUAGGAAGAGUCGGGGUAUUUCGCUGGAACAAGCUCUAAGGCUCUGGCAGCAGGGACGACAAGCGCGAGUCGACAAGGUAUUGGAGCUUAAUGCGCAAAUUGACAAGCGUCGUAUGCCAAAGCAGGAGGGGAAUGAUGGAUCGGAUAUGCACGACGCGUUUGACUUGGAAUGGUUAUAUCGUCCCGACUUUGACGCCAUGGUGGAUGAAUGUGAGAAAAUCCACGAGGGCCCGUCCAGUAAUGUUAUUCACCCUUGA